AUGCCCGGCGAUAAUCCGACGGAGAGUGGCCGAAAAAGAAGCCGAGGCGCGGAGGCAACUACCCGUAAAGAAGCCCUAGAGCGAUUGAAAGCGAUUCGUCAAGGAGGACUUCGCAACCUAGCCGCUUCAGGCGGCGGCUACGAUAUCAGAAUCGAACAGCCGAUCUUCGACACAGUCGACGACGACGAGUACGACGCGAUCGUGUCCCGGCGGCGCGAGGAGGCUCGCGGAUUCGUAGUCGACGACGGUGAAGAAGGAGAUCUAGGUUACGGCGACGAAGGUGAAGAAGAGGAUUUCACCAAGCCUAGUGGACCAGAUUCGACUGAUGAAUCUGACGACGGUGGGGGAUUUAGUGGGAGAUUGAGGAAGAAGAAAGGUGAGAAGAAGAAAGGGAAGGAGCAACAGCCUCAGGUUAAGAAGGUGAAUCCGUCUCUUAAGGCUGCGGCGACUAUUACAGGUGAAGGGAGACUCUCUUCUAUGUUUACGUCUUCGAGUUUUAAGAAGGGGAAAGAGACUGAUAAGGUGAAAUGUGAGAGUAUUCUUGAUGAGGUUUUAGCUGAGGUGACUCCUGAUGAUUUAGAUAGAGAAAGGUUUAGGAGAAGGAAGCAACCAGCUACAGUUCCAGCUAUGUUCUCUAGGAAUAAGAAUCAGGUUUCUGUUACCUCCAGCAAGGCAAUGCAGGAUUCAGAACCGAUUAGUGAUCGUGUUUUUAUGGAGAAGGAGUUGAUGAAAGAGAUGAAAGAAGAAGUUGUGACAGAAUCUGAAGUCACUGCUCCGAAUGAUUCUGAGAAUGUGGAGGUACCUGGAAGUGAUGUUGUUGUAGAGGAUGUAUCUAACAAUGUGAGACAAAGUGAAGUGAAGGUUGAGUCAGGGGUGAAAGAGGUGUUUACAUUGAAUGCAACAGUUGAUACGAAAGAGAAGGAUUCGGCUUUAAGCGCCACUGCUGGUUGGAAGGAAGCGAUGGGCAAAGGUGGAACUGAGAAUGGGGUUACACUUGGUUCUAAUUCUGAAGGGCAAACGGAAUUUGAUUUGGAUGCUGAUGGAUCACUACGUUUUUAUAUUCUCGACGCUUACGAGGAGGCGUUUGGUGCGAGUAUGGGGACAAUAUAUUUGUUUGGGAAGGUUAAGAUGGGAGAUACGUACAAGAGUUGCUCUGUAGUAGUUAAGAAUAUUCAGAGAUGUGUUUAUGCCAUUCCCAAUGAUUCCGUGUUUCCUUCCCAUGAAAUAAUCACGCUUGAGCAAGAGGUGAAAGACUCGAAACUUUCUCCUGAAUCCUUCCGGGGGAAGUUACAUGAAAUGGCAUCAAAUUUGAAGAAAGAAAUUUCUCAGCAGUUGUUACAACUCAAUGUUUCCAGUUAUAGCAUGGCACUUGUCAAGAGAAACUAUGCAUUUGAGAGGCCUGAUGUUCCUGUUGGCGAACAAUAUGUCUUGAAGAUAAAUUAUCCAUUUAAGGAUCCUCCACUUCCAGAAGACCUUAAAGGGGAGUCUUUUAGCGCUGUCCUUGGCUCUCACACCAGUGCGUUGGAGCUUUUUAUCCUUAAAAGGAAGAUCAUGGGACCGUCUUGGCUCAAAAUUUCAAACUUUUCUACCAAUUCACCCUCUCAACGAGUGAGCUGGUGCAAGUUUGAGGUUACUGUUGAAUCUCCCAAGGUUAUCACUGUUUUGGUUUCGGGGGAAAAAGUUGUUCAUCCUCCUGCUGUAGUUACAGCCAUAAAUUUAAAGACUAUAGUCAAUGCAAAGCAGAACAUCAGCGAAAUUGUUUCUGCGUCUGUUCUCUGCUUUCACAACGCCAAGAUUGAUGUUCCAAUGCCAGGUCCAGAAAGAAAGAGGUCUGGUAUUCUGAGUCAUUUCACUGUUGUUAGGAAUCCUGAAGGAACCGGUUACCCAAUUGGUUGGAAAAAAGAAGUGGCUGACAGAAAUUCAAAGAACGGCUGCAGUGUUUUAAGUUUUGAAAAUAGUGAAAGAGCAUUGCUGAAUCGACUGUUUCUGGAGCUGAAUAAAUUGGACAGUGAUGUUCUUGUGGGACAUAAUAUAUCAGGUUUUGAUCUGGAUGUCCUUCUCCAAAGAGCCCAGGCUUGCAAAGUUUUGAGUAGCAUGUGGUCGAAAAUUGGCCGUCUCAAACGCUCUUCCAUGCCUAAGAUUAAAGGGAAUUUUGGGCACGGAGCUUCACCAGGGCUCAUGUCUUGCGUUGCUGGAAGACUAUUGUGUGAUACAGAUCUAUGUUCUCGCGACUUGUUGUCGAAGGAGGUCAGUUUUUCGUUAACAGAUCUUUCAAAGACACAGCUAAACCGGGACAGAAAAGAGAUAUCGCCUAAUGACAUUCCCAAAAUGUUUCAGUCAUCUAAAACACUUGUGGAUCUUAUUGAAUGUGGUGAGACAGAUGCGUGGUUAUCCAUGGAGCUCAUGUUUCAUCUAAGUGUUCUUCCACUCACUCUCCAGCUAUCUAACAUAAGUGGCAAUCUUUGGGGGAAAACUCUUCAGGGAGCCAGGGCGCAAAGAAUUGAAUACUACUUACUACAUACAUUCCACUCAAAAAAGUACAUCCUCCCAGACAAACUUUCACAACGUAUGAAGGAUAUGAAGUCACAAAAAAGAAGAAUGAAUCAUGGUCCGGAGGAUCACAAUGUUGAUGAAUUGGAUGCUGACCAGGUUUUGGAAAAUGAUCCGUCUAAGGGUAGCAAAACAAAGAAGGGUCCAGCCUACGCUGGUGGACUGGUCUUGGAGCCAAAAAAAGGCUUAUAUGACAAAUAUGUUUUGCUUCUUGAUUUCAAUAGUCUCUACCCGUCUAUUAUACAGGAAUAUAAUAUCUGUUUCACAACCAUACCACGAUCAGAAGACGGAAUUCCUCGUUUACCGUCGACUCAGACACCUGGAAUUCUUCCAAAGUUGAUGGAACAUUUGGUCAGUAUAAGGAAAAGCGUCAAACUAAAGAUGACAAAGGAAACAGGUCUCAAAUACCGGGAGCUUGACAUUCGGCAGCAAGCAAUAAAGCUCACAGCCAAUAGUAUGUAUGGAUGUCUGGGGUUUUACAAUUCAAGAUUCUACGCUAAACCUUUAGCCGAGCUCAUAACACUGCAAGGAAGGGAGAUCCUGCAAAGAACCGUGGAUCUUGUCCAGAAUCAUUUAAACCUAGAGGUGAUUUACGGUGACACAGAUUCAAUCAUGAUUCACAGUGGACUAGAUGAUAUCGAAAGGGUGAAAGCCAUAAAAACAAAAGUCAUCCAGGAGGUCAAUAAGAAGUAUAGAUGUCUGAAAAUUGACUGUGAUGGCAUAUAUAAGAGGAUGCUUCUUCUUAAGAAAAAGAAAUAUGCUGCCGUCAAGUUGGAGUUCAAGGAUGGGAAGAUUUGCGAGGACAUUGAAAGAAAAGGUUUGGACAUUGUACGUCGAGAUUGGAGCUUACUUUCCAAGGAAAUUGGAGAUUUAUGCUUGGCUAAGAUCUUGUCCGGAGGGUCAUGUGAGGAUGUUGUUGAAGCAAUUCAUAACGAGCUUAUGAAGAUAAAAGAGGAAAUGAGAAAUGGGCAAGUUGCACUUGAGAAGUAUGUCAUCACCAAAUCACUGACCAAGUCACCUGAAGCUUAUCCAGAUCCUAAAAGCCAACCACACGUUCAAGUCGCAGUCAGAAUGAGACAACAUGGUUAUAAAGAAGGUUUCAAUGCUAAGGAUACUGUACCAUAUAUAAUCUGCUAUGAACAGGGUAAUACUAGCUCUGCGAGCUCAGCAGGGAUUGCCGAACGUGCUAGGCAUCCUGAUGAGGUGAAAUCAAAAGACAGCAGAUGGAUGGUUGACAUAGAUUAUUACUUGGCACAGCAGAUUCAUCCUGUUGUGUCUCGUUUAUGCGCAGAGAUUCAGGGCACAAGUCCUGAGAGAUUAGCCGAGUGUUUAGGACUUGACCCAUCAAAGUAUCGAAGCCGAUCAAACGAUGCUACGGGUAGUGAUCCUUCUACAUCCCUCUUGUUUGCUACAAGCGAUGAAGAAAAAUACAAAGGCUGUGAACCGUUAGCACUAGCAUGCCCCAGCUGCUCUGCUUCUUUCAACUGUCCAUCUAUUAUUAGCUCAGUUUGCGCCUCGAUCAGUAAAAAAUCGGAAACAGAGGAAUCUGAUUCUACAUUCUGGCUUAAGCUGCAAUGCCCGAAAUGUGAGCCCGAAGGUGGCACGGGAAGAAUAUCCCCUGCAAUGAUAGCUAACCAGGUGAAAAGGAAGAUCGAUGGGUUUGUGACGAUGUACUACAAAGGCACAAUGAUGUGUGACGAUGAGUCCUGCAAGCACACGACUCGCAGCCCCAACUUCCGUCUUCUUGGUGACCGUGAACGGGGAACAGUUUGUCCAAACUAUCCUAACUGUAAUGGAACCCUCUUAAGAAAGUACACUGAAGCAGACUUGUACAAGCAGCUAUCAUACUUCUGCCACAUAUUAGACACACAAUGCACUCUAGAAAAGAUGGAUGUUGGUGUCAAAAUUCAAGUAGAGAAAGCAAUGGCAAAGAUAAGACCUGCGGUUGAGUCAGCAGCAUCCAUGGCUCGAAGUAUCCGAGACCGGUGCGCUUACGGAUGGGUGCAACUCACAGACAUAGCCAUUUGA